CCUGCCACCUGUGAAGUGAAAUAGUUUGACACUAAAGAAAACAUGAAAACAGUGUAUUUAUUGUGAGUCUUGUGACUUCUAGUGCGAUGAAAAGAAAAAAUUCAAAACAAAUGUGCUAAGUUCUUGGUAAAGAAAUGUAAUUUUUUGUAAGUUAUUUUUAACUAUAGUUUCGCAAAAAUGAGCGAUUCGGAGACGGCCAAACCCACCGAGGAAGUUGUUCUACCACCGCCUAAUUCCACACAAACAGAACCAAGUCCACCGAAAAUUCAAACAAAAAAAAACUGGGUGAAGUUUGAUGAAGAUCGUUCAGCAAAUAAAAGUGCCGAUACACCAGCUGUUAUUAAUACCGAAAGUGUCCAAGUGAAUAUUGAAAGAAGCCUUAACAGAUCAAUUGAUACAAAUAAUGUGGCUAUAUUGGACCCUAAACCUUUAAGAAAUGUUGAGUUACCUGUGGCUACAGUUGAGCCUAUCCGACAAGGAUUUACUAAUGGUGAUAUUAUAGUUACCCUAUUACCUGUGAAUACUAAACUACCAUGGAUUACUCCAGCUCAAUUCCGUCCAGAAUUAGUGCCUGAAGAGCUUAUGGCUCAAGGUCUAACACUAACUGUAGAAGAAUACGUCCAAGCCUUGGAGUUAUUAGUAAACGAUGUGAGAUUCUCUCUAUACAACGUAUGCUACAAAAGAGUUCUUGUUUGUUGGAUAACUCUGGCGUUUAUCGUUCUUUUGGGUUUACUCUUUUCCGGUCUUCAAGGACUACUUCUCUUUGGUUUAGGAAUAGGGUGGCUAUUACUCAAUGCGGCAGCUAUAUUUUUAUCGAUGUACUUAAAGUUCAAGCUACAAAGAAAUCUGGAAAAGUGUAUGGCUAACGUCAACAAACAAUUGCUCAGACAUAAGAUAGUAUUAGCUCUGGAUGACAGAGGAAAAAUAAGCUGCCACAAAGUGACGCUAUGUUUUAUAUACAUGGAUUCGGCGCCCUGCAUAGCCCAUCUGCAGACAACCAUCGACCAACAAGAAAGGGACCAAAACGGUGGAUGGGAACAAAGAAUGGAUAUUUCCGCACAAGAUAUUAUAAUACAAGGUAGUCGGACUACCAGAUUAUCCAGGAAACAGGGACAAGCCGAGCAAGUGUUCCUUCGUUACUUACAAAGGUGGGGCAAGGACUUUUUGCGCAGGCGGUUAGAUUGGACCUUGGACGAAAUACUGGGUAAUCCAUCCAACCCAAGACAUAUCACGACCUGUUUAUGUCCAUGUCAAUACGCCGAAGAAAUUUUGCAGAACAAACCUCCAAGGGCAGACAAUCGAAGAGAUUGCUGCCCUUUGUGGUCGAGAAUUAUGAUACACAUGGGCAUUUAUUGAGAAAGGGCAACACUAUUAUAUCUACGUUACGCUGCUAGAUGGGGUAGAGACAGAGCUAGAGGUUUGUUAAAUAGUCCUCCCGCAUCAGGCGGACGUCAUUGCCCUUCUCAAACGUGCCCAUGUCAAUUCAUAGAGGAGCAUUUGCUUUGUAAACCUCCAGGCAAGUUGACUAUUAAGUCCUUUUUUUCGCUUCCGGAUCAGGUGCCGAGGGAGAGAUCUCGGAUUCAAUGAUAACGCUUUG